CAGGAACGUUCUGUUAGGUUCAUGUUGCGGUCGGACAGUUUUUCAUGCGGACCGGAGCAGUGUAACGGAACUGCCGGGUGGGAUUAGAAUCCGGGCGGAGUAUUCGGUGACCCUGGACGGUGAAGCGGGUUGUCAGCGCUCUCGCUGAGUCACGUGAUCCCCAGACCUCCCAUCAUGCACUUCUCCAUCCCUGAGACUGAGACGUGUAACUCGGAUUCCGGUGGUCAGUAUGUGGCGUACAGCAUUCAUGUGAACGGGGUGCUACACUGCCGGGUGCGCUACAGCCAGCUGUUUGGUCUCCACGAGCAGCUGAAGAAGGAAUAUGGGAACAAUGUGGUUCCCGUCUUUCCACCAAAAAAGCUCUUCACACUGACCCCAUCUGAGGUGGAGCAGAGGCGGGAGCAGCUGGAGAAGUACAUGCAGGCCGUGCGGCAGGACCCGGUGCUGGGAUCCAGCGAGACCUUUAACAGCUUCCUGCGACGCUCUCAACAGGAGACCCAGCAGAUCCCCACAGAGGAGGCGCAGCUGGAGGUUUUCCUUUCUAAUGGUCAGAAGGUAAAAGUGUCUAUUCUGACAUCUGACCAGACGGAGGACGUGCUGGAGGCUGUAGCCGCUAAGCUGGACCUCCCGGAGGAGCUGAUUGGAUACUUCAGCCUCUACCUUAUAAAGGACGGAGUAGACGGAUCCUUCUCAUUUGUCAGGAAGCUGCAGGAGUUUGAGCUCCCCUAUGUGUCAGUCACCAGUCUGCGAAACAGAGACUACAAGAUCAUCCUACGGAAAAGUUACUGGGACUCGUCGUAUGAUGAUGAUGUCAUGGAGAAGAGGGUGGGCCUUAACCUCCUGUACGCUCAGACUGUCAGCGAUAUUGAGCGUGGCUGGCUGCAAGUCAGCAAAGAGCAGCUGCAGCAACUCAAGUCUCUGCAGGAGAAAGUCUCUAAGAAAGAGUUCAUCCAGCUGGCACAGACCCUGAAGUAUUACGGUUAUCUGAAGUUUGAGCCGUGCAUCACAGACUUCCCGGAGAAGGGCUGCCAGGUGAUCGUGAGCGCCGGGAACAACGAGCUCAACUUCCAGGUGAAGCUUCCCAACGAGCAGAUAAAGGAAGGCAGCUUCAAGGUGACACGGAUGAGGUGCUGGCGCGUCACGUCAUCGGUCCCGUUCAGCAAUGGUACAGGAAGUCCCAACAAGUCAGAGGCGCGGCUGGAGCUGGCCUUCGAGUACCUGAUGAGUAAAGACCGCCUGCAGUGGAUCACCAUCUCCAGCCCACAGGCCAUCAUGAUGAGCAUCUGCUUGCAGUCAAUGGUGGACGAACUCAUGGUCAAAAAAUCCGGAGGCAGCAUAAAAAAGUUGUCACGGAAGAGACAGUCCUGUUUGGUGCGGAGGUCAGACAGUCAGCAGGCAGUGAAAUCGCCGCCGAUGUUGGAUUCUCCGGAUGGGAGCAGAGAGCCCAUCGCCAAGUUGUCGAGCAAGCUCAGCUCCGUCAGUCUCCGUGGAAUCAGCAACUCCAGCUCCAACAACGAUGUCAGCGCUGAGGACUUCCAUGGGAACUACGCCUUCGAGGGCAUCGGCGACGACGACUUGUGAGGCUUCAAGCCUCCACCCAGGAGUUGCCUUUGUUGGGACCUUCUCCUCCAUCAUGAUUGUCAGCGAGGCUGAGGCUUCAUCUCAGACAAGGGUCGAUGGAGAUGCGUCUCCACCAGCAGAAUAAAGGGGAAGAGCUCUCCUGUGCUGGGUCCCCGCUACCGACACUAAUACUCCUAUGUAGCGCUCAGCUUGCACUUAUAAUUCAGAGAUUUGCACAGGAUCGGGGGGGCCACACCCCAGUAUUUCUAAUGAAUUUAACCCUUUACCAGCUCCCUCUGCUGCUCAGUGAAUGAAUGUUGGAUUAGCAAUAUUCCAUAUAUAACGCAGGACCAUAAGGGUUAAUAUGUAUAGCUAUCUGCACACACAUAUCUUAUAUGUAACCGUACAGUCAUGGUGCCAAAUUCUGACCAAAUGAACUUUUGAUUAGGAGGCGUGAGUCAGCCGAGACGCUCAAGUGCCAACCCCACCACGUGUCAUAAGCUUUUGUACGCCGGCGACAGACGCCUGCUUCGCAUUGUAGGAUGGCUCCGGCCACGUGACUGGAUAGCGACUAUUUGUACAGAACGCGAGGGUCGUAUGCGCUGCGUCACAAGGGCCAAUGGACGCGGCGCCUGCUUUUGAGCUGCCACCUUAGGAGCAGCUGCCGGUAUACAUACGUGAUGAAUGGCGAGGAGAGGUCUCACAAUCAGACGCUUGUACUUUGCUGUUUACACAUCGAGCCGAUCGAUUAUCUUCCAAUAAUAAAUGACCUGUUUA